AUCCACGCAUCACAUGCAAUAUUUUUUUCCCAUUUUUUAGCUAUUAUCCGAAAGCUAACUCUCGGAGCGAACAGUAGCACGGAAAAAAUGGCAGCCCUCCCGGCGAUGACGCUUCCCCUUGCCGCCUCUCUAUCCAGCUUUACGCGAGGCGAAAACUAUUCCUCGUUUCUUCCGACUUCCCUCUCCCUCUCUUCCUCUUCUUCAUCUUCUCCAAAGCUCGGAGGGAUUAGAAUCCAAUGCGUUCGAGUCGGAGGUGUGGAAAUCCCCAACAACAAGCGCGUAGAGUACUCGCUGCAGCAUAUCCACGGCGUCGGCCGAAGCCGUUCUCGCCAGAUCCUUUUCGACCUAGGUGUGGAGAAUAAAAUCACUAAAGAUCUCACUGAAGACGAGCUUAUCCAGAUCCGUGAUGAGGUUUCCAAGUACAUGAUCGAGGGAGACCUAAAACGUUUUAAUCGACUUGCGAUUGAGAGGCUGAAGGAGAUCCGUUGCUACCGUGGGAUUCGGCAUCAGAUGGGGCUUCCGUGCAGGGGCCAGAGGACGAAGAACAAUUGCAGAACCCUCAAGGGUAAGAGGGUAGCAGUCGCUGGUAAAAAGAAGGCUAAUAAGUGAUGCAUUCCUCAACGAUUUAACUCCCCUGCACUCCUCAACAAAAUGAAGUGGUUGAAAGGAAACACAAACACGUUAUUGAAACCAUGAGGACACUCUUACUUCAGGCAAAUCUUCCUCACAUUUUUUGGCUUGAUGUUGUCUCUAGAGCGUUGUAUCUAAUAAAUCAAAUGUGCUUUAAGGGUCUGUUUAGGGCG